UUCUUUUCCGAGCUUUAUGAAAAAAUUAAAAAAUGAUUCCGCCUAUUUUUUAUGUCCACUCCAGCUUUAUCGAAUUUGUAUUUAAUUUCAUUUGCGUUUAAUUUGGGGUAUUUCAGUUUAAAUUUAUCUAACCGAAUGCGUGGGGUGUUCUGACGGUGCGUUCGCAUUGCCUUGCAUUAGCCAGUGCUUUGAACAAGAGAAAGAAAGAGCUCAUCUUUUCUUCUCUUGUGCAGCGAAAAAGAACCAGACAAGGAUUUCUUCACUACUUCCCCAGUCUCACUAAAAUCCAGCAAGGUAUCUAAAAGAUGGCUGACGCUGAGGAUAUUCAGCCUCUUGUCUGUGACAAUGGAACUGGAAUGGUUAAGGCUGGAUUUGCAGGAGAUGAUGCUCCAAGGGCAGUGUUCCCAAGUAUUGUUGGUAGACCCCGUCACACAGGUGUUAUGGUUGGUAUGGGGCAGAAAGACGCCUAUGUUGGUGAUGAGGCCCAAUCAAAAAGAGGUAUCCUUACAUUGAAAUAUCCUAUUGAGCAUGGUAUUGUUAGCAACUGGGAUGACAUGGAAAAAAUUUGGCAUCAUACAUUCUACAAUGAGCUUCGAGUAGCUCCAGAAGAACAUCCUGUACUUCUUACUGAAGCCCCUUUAAACCCUAAGGCAAACAGAGAGAAGAUGACUCAAAUAAUGUUCGAGACAUUUAAUGUGCCUGCUAUGUAUGUUGCCAUUCAGGCUGUUCUGUCUCUGUACGCAAGUGGUCGUACAACUGGUAUUGUGCUGGAUUCUGGUGAUGGUGUCAGUCACACAGUGCCAAUUUAUGAAGGAUAUGCCCUGCCUCAUGCUAUUCUUAGGUUGGAUCUUGCUGGUCGAGAUUUGACUGAUGCAUUGAUGAAGAUCCUUACUGAGAGAGGGUAUUCCUUCACAACUACCGCAGAGCGAGAAAUUGUUCGUGAUGUUAAGGAGAAACUUGCUUAUGUGGCACUUGACUAUGAGCAGGAACUUGAAACUGCCAAGGGUAGUUCUUCUAUUGACAAAAGUUACGAACUUCCUGAUGGGCAAGUGAUUACUAUUGGCGCUGAGCGAUUCAGAUGCCCUGAGGUGCUAUUCCAGCCAUCUCUAAUUGGGAUGGAAGCUGCUGGUAUCCACGAAACAACCUACAACUCUAUUAUGAAGUGUGACGUGGAUAUUAGGAAGGAUCUUUACGGCAACAUUGUGCUGAGUGGUGGGUCUACAAUGUUCCCUGGUAUUGCUGAUAGAAUGAGCAAGGAGAUCACUGCCCUGGCUCCCAGCAGUAUGAAAAUCAAGGUGGUUGCUCCUCCAGAGAGAAAGUACAGUGUCUGGAUUGGAGGGUCUAUUUUGGCAUCCCUUAGCACUUUUCAACAGAUGUGGAUUGCCAAGAGCGAGUAUGAUGAAUCGGGUCCAUCCAUUGUUCACCGAAAAUGUUUCUAAAUACAGUUCUUAUGUUGCUUUAUUUGUUUGCGAAGAGUAUUUUAGAUAGUACUUGCUUGAGAUGUUGGCGACAUUGGUAAAGAUAUUCAGUUUAUUUUUUAUCUAAAGGUUUUAGAGAGUAUAUCUGUGUAAGUAGAUGCUUUUGAAGCAUAGUUUUGUGGCACUUGUGUCACAGUUAUUUGUGUUUGUAUGGCUACAAGUGACCAUAAAUCUGUUUACCAUUUUUUGAUUUGAACCAUGUAAUGUUAUGAUGCAAGAAGUACCUUUUGAACAUUCUGUUGAA